AUGACUGGGCUGCCUUGGUAUCACUUGAAGAUCAAAAACCUGGGCAUUAAACGACGCAGAUGGCGGCAGGCGAUGGAUAAGGUGAAGAUGACAAACACUGCGGCGAACGAGAGAAAAGAUAAAGGAAAAGAACCUUUGAAAGACUAUCCCCAGUCAAACCAGUGGGAUCGUCAAAUGGGGAAAUCCAAGGUCUUCAUUGGCGGCAAUAAUCGCCCCUAUGACGACGGCGACUAGCCGAUUGAAACUUCCUGGGACAUAACGCCGGUGUAAACAAGGUGUAUUACGGCGCGGUGUGUGUUCGGAGAACAGGAUU